ACGAAAUUUACACAGUACAUCUGGCGGAACGAGCAUCACCAACGUCUCUUCUAGUGUUUGCCUCACAUUCGCAGAAGCUUUUCCCUGUACCACCCAGCGAAGCCGUGAAUACUUCAAAAUGGCUGCCGCUAUAACGACCGUGCCCGAGAGCCGUGAGGUUCGCGGCCUCAAUCUCAUAGCUGCGCAUUCUCAUAUCCGAGGCCUUGGUGUGGACUUAGCAACUUUAGAGCCGCGAGGUUCCUCACAAGGCCUCAUUGGCCAACAGAAGGCACGAAAAGCAGCCGCUGUCAUUCUGCAGAUGGUAAAAGAAGGCAAGAUCGCAGGAAGGGCGGUUUUGAUUGCUGGUCCACCAAGCACGGGCAAAACCGCGCUCGCCAUGGCUAUGGCACAGUCCUUGGGUCCCGAUGUCCCCUUUACAAUGCUCGCUUCCUCAGAAAUCUUCUCCCUGGAAAUGUCGAAAACAGAAGCCUUGACACAGGCGUUCCGAAAGUCGAUAGGUGUGAGGAUAAAAGAAGAGAGCGAGAUCAUUGAGGGAGAGGUGGUAGAGAUACAGAUUGACAGGAGCGUGUCAGGGGGCAACAAGCAGGGCAAACUUACGAUCAAGACGACUGAUAUGGAAACAGUCUACGACAUGGGUACCAAGAUGAUUGAUUCAAUGACCAAGGAAAGAGUCAUGGCUGGCGAUGUGAUAUCAAUUGACAAAUCUUCCGGGAAGAUCACAAAACUAGGCAGAUCAUACACGAGAUCAAGGGACUACGAUGCCAUGGGUGCGGAUACCAAGUUCGUCCAGUGUCCAGAAGGAGAACUCCAGGUGCGAAAAGAGGUUGUGCAUACUGUGAGUCUGCAUGAGAUUGAUGUUAUCAACUCAAGGACCCAAGGUUUCCUGGCUUUAUUCUCUGGUGACACUGGCGAGAUCCGGAGCGAAGUGCGAGAUCAAAUAAACACCAAGGUCGGCGAGUGGAAAGAAGAGGGCAAGGCUGAUAUCAUUCCCGGCGUGCUAUUCAUCGACGAGGUCCACAUGUUGGAUAUUGAAUGUUACUCUUACAUCAACCGUGCGUUGGAGGCAGACCUAGCACCCAUUGUUAUCAUGGCAAGCAAUAGAGGCAAUACUCGCAUACGGGGGACGACAUACAACUCACCGCACGGCCUUCCUUUGGAUUUCCUGGACCGUGUCGUCAUUAUCACCACACAGUCAUACUCAGCUGACGAGAUUUCUCAAAUCCUUGCCAUCCGUGCUCAAGAAGAAGAGGUGGAUCUCUCCGCGGAUGCCUUGGCCCUUCUUACAAAGAUUGGACAAGAGUCGGGACUGAGGUAUGCAAGCAACAUCAUCACGACGUCCACCCUGCUCAGUCAGAAACGCAAAGCCAAGGAGGUUGGUGUUGAUGAUGUCCAACGGAGCUUUAAGCUAUUCUAUGACCCGGCGCGUUCCAUCAAACUCGUACAUGACUUUGAGAAGCAGUUUAUCAGCGACAAAGGAGAUGUGACUUUCGGUAUCAACGGCUCUAAUGGAACUGACGGCGAUCUCAUGGAUACUGCUUGAGCCACGAAAUUUGGAGCAGAAUCUAUUAGCACGCAGACCGUCCGCCGAGUCGCCAACAUGGGGCACAAUCGAGAUUCUUGAGGCCAUCAGCGGGCUUCUUUUGAGCCUCAUACUAUGCUGUACUAUUGGAUGCUGGGCCAUCCGGGAUGGUCACCACCCAUGACAAGGAUUUGCAGGCCCCACGGCUGGACCACCCA